AAAUCUGACAUUCCACUCUUUGAACUGCCACGUGUCAUAAUAGCCCCAUCCCAUCCUUUUCUCUUUUCCUCACUCCUUUCUAUCGCAAUCCGUACCUAAUCUCCCAAGUGGAGCCAUUGACUGGUGGGAUUGCAGUUGUUCAGGUUGUUGAAGAUUAUUGGAAUUGAAAAUGGACCACAGUGCCGAUGCACAGCGCACGGACUUGAUGACCAUAACGCGCUUCGUGCUGAACGAGCAAUCCAAGCACCCCGAGUCACGCGGCGAUUUCACCAUACUUCUCAAUCACAUUGUUCUAGGCUGCAAGUUCGUUUGCUCCUCGGUUAACAAGGCUGGACUUGCUAAGCUUAUUGGACUCGCUGGAGAGACCAAUAUUCAGGGAGAAGAACAGAAGAAACUAGAUGUUCUAUCCAAUGAGGUUUUCAUCAAGGCUCUCGUAAGCAGUGGCCGAACCUGCAUCUUGGUUUCUGAAGAAGACGAAGACGCGAUAAUUGUGGAGCCUUCUAAGCGUGGAAAGUACUGUGUUGUUUUUGACCCCUUGGAUGGCUCGUCUAACAUUGAUUGUGGGGUUUCCAUUGGCACUAUUUUUGGAAUUUAUACGUUAGCAGAUAUCCAUGAACCAACUAUAAAGGAUGUCCUGCGUCCUGGGAAGAAAAUGGUGGCAGCUGGUUAUUGUAUGUAUGGAAGCUCUUGCACGCUUGUGUUAAGUACUGGAGCUGGUGUUAAUGGUUUCACCCUUGACCCAUCUCUUGGUGAAUUCAUCCUAACUCACCCUGGCAUUAAGAUUCCAAAUAAAGGAAAGAUUUAUUCAGUUAAUGAAGGAAAUGCCAAACACUGGGAUGGUCCUACUACAGCUUACGUUGAAAAAUGCAAGUUUCCAGAAGAUGGUUCAUCGCCAAAGUCUCUAAGAUAUAUUGGAAGCAUGGUAGCUGAUGUUCAUCGUACAUUGCUUUACGGAGGCAUCUUUUUGUACCCUGGUGACAAGAAAAAUCCAAAUGGAAAACUUCGUGUUCUGUAUGAAGUCUUCCCAAUGUCAUUUUUGGUGGAACAGGCAGGAGGGCAGUCUUUCACGGGCAAGGAACGGGCACUUGAUUUAAUUCCAACGAAGUUGCACGAGCGAUCUCCCGUUUUCCUUGGUAGCUAUGAUGAUGUUGAGGAAAUCAAAGCGCUUUAUGCUGCUGAGGCUAAAGAAGAAUGAUACUGAAAAUGGUUAAUUUUACUUGCACUUUUGGCUACUCAGAGGCUCUUGUUUUCCCCUCUUUUUUUUUCAAUUGUUAUUAGCAGGUUCUUAUAGAGAACUUCUUAGCUGCUCUGUAUAUAUGCUAAUAAAUGGGUUAGCAUGUCUGUCAUGGUUAUAAAAUUUAUUUAGAAUAAAGUAGCAAUUUAGUAUGUUACAGGUGAAGGAAUUACUGCUUGUAUUGCCUUCAAAAGCAUUUCAAAGUUAAAUCGGCAAACCUUUUAGUUA